UUAUCAUAUUUUAUUUAUUAUUUAUUAUCACAUUUGGUGUUGGAAACUUUAUGCUCUCAUCUUCAUUUCUUGCCACUAAAAAUAUGGAUAGACUACUACUUACUCAAAUUGUUAUCUUUUUGGUGAUUUUUCUUUUCUCAUCAAACUCAAGAGAGGUUAGAGGAUCAAGUGUGAUGAUCAAGUGCAAACAAGUUGAAAGAGAAGCACUUCUCAAGUUUAAACAUAGUCUACAUGCUACUAAUCCUCUUCUCUCUUCUUGGGGAAGUGAAGAAGAGAAAAGAGAGUGUUGCGAUUGGAUCGGAAUCAGUUGUCACAACAAAUCCGGCCAUGUCAUCAAACUCGACAUUUCUCCUUCAACUUUUGGUGAAAGUGAUGAAUACUACACCUUGCCUCUUUCAGGUAAAUACCUUAGUUCUUCAUUGCUUGAGUUGCGAAAUUUGAGAUAUUUUCGCCUUAGUCACACUGAAUUGAGUAUUCCUUUCCCAAGUUUUAUUGCCAAUUUCACCAAAUUAUUGUACCUUGAUCUUUCUUCCAAUUUCAUGAGUGGAAAAAUUCCUUCUCAAUUUGGAAACAUUUCUAGUUUACAAUUUCUUGAUCUUAGCUCUAAUCAAAUGGUUAUAACAAACUUGGAUUGGCUUUCUACUCUUUCUUCUUUAAGACAUCUUGACUUAAGUGGUUCAAACUUAAGUGAAGCCAAAAAUUGGAUGCAACCAAUAAACAAACUUUCUCACCUAACAUAUUUGAAGCUAAGUGGUUGUAGUCUUCAAACCCCAACACCUCCAUUUCUUUCCAUUUUGAACUCUUCAACCUCCCUUUCCUUUCUUGAUCUUUCUUUAAAUUAUCUCUCUUUCUCUACACACCAAUGGUUGUAUAGCUUCAUGCCUAAUCUUCUUCAUCUUGAUCUUACCGGUAACAAGUUAAGUUUUCUUCCACAAGAUUUCGGGAACUUGACACCGGCUUUAACAUACCUUGAUCUUUCUUCUAAUCAAAUUGAAAGUACUAUUCCAAACACUUUUGCAAACAUGACUUCUCUUGAAUACCUUUCCCUUAGUAGUAACUUCUUAAAAGGUGACAUUCCUUAUGGUUUUGGAAACAUGGUUUCACUCUCAUAUCUUGACUUUAGUUUUAACCAAUUAGAAAAUUCAAUUCCAAAUGAUUUUGGGAAUUUGACUUCCUUAGAAUCAAUUGAUCUUACCUUCAAUACUCUCAAAGGUGACAUAACCAAGUUUAUUGUCAAAAACACACAACUUUUAUCUUUGAGAGAGUUGUGGCUUCAAUCAAAUCAAUUGUAUGGCCUUGUACCAAGAAGUAUUGGCAAUAUGAUCAAUUUGGAGAUUUUGGACCUAUCUGUGAACUCAUUUGAUGGUGUAAUUGAUGAAGCUCAUUUCACAAAACUCUCAAAGCUUUAUCACUUGGAUUUAUCAUCAAAUAAACUCCUUCAAUUGAAUGUCUCUUCUAAUUGGAUUCCUCCCUUCAACUUACAAAUUCUUGGGCUUGGUAGUUGUAAGUUAGGGUCUCAAUUUCCAAAGUGGUUAAAAACUCAAAAUAGUCUUUGGCAAAUAGACAUUUCCAACUCAGGAAUUUCACAAUCUAUUCCUAAUUGGUUUUGGAAUCUCACUACUCAAUUAUCUUUUGCCAAUCUUUCCAACAACCAAAUUAGUGGAACAAUAGAAGAAGCCUAUUCAUCAAAAAUGAAACUUGAUGAUGUUGAUUUGAGCUCAAAUCUUUUUCAUGGUCCAAUACCAAGUUUUUUAUUCAAAGUGAGAACAUUAUUUCUUUCCAAUAAUAGAUUUUCGAGUUUGAAUUCAUUAUGUAAUGUCACUUAUCAUUACUUGAAUGUUCUAGACAUCUCGGAUAAUCAAUUGAUUGGAAAUGUUCCAAAUUGUUUGUCAAAACUCAAGGACAUAGAAUAUCUUGAUCUAUCAAACAAUAAGUUAUUUGGAGAAAUCCCUAAUUCAAUCGGUAGCUUAUCUUCGAUUCGAUCAUUACAUUUGAGUAGCAACAAUUUUUCUGGAAGAUUGCCUUCAUCAAUGAGUAAUUGUAGAGAAUUGGAAGCUCUUGACAUGGGAGAAAAUAGAUUUGUGGGACACGUACCUUUGUGGAUUGGAAAAAGUCUUAAAAAGCUUAUUAUUCUAAGCUUGAGAUCCAAUCAUUUUGAUAAAAACAUGCCACCAAAUCUUUGUCACUUGAAACAUCUUCAAGUGUUGGAUCUUUCUCUAAAUAACAUUUUUGGAAGUAUACCAAAUUGUAUUGGUGACUUUACAUCAAUGAAACAAAAUGAAGGUCUUAAUACUGUCCAUGUUAGAACAAAGACUUAUGCUUUCAAAAACACAAUGACAAACUAUGGUGAACAAAUUUUCUUGACUUGGAAAGGAACUUUGUCUAAGUACAAAAGUACUCUUGGACUUGUAAAGGUUAUCGAUUUAUCGAGCAACAAGUUGGUUGGAGAAAUUCCAAGAGAAAUCAUUGAGCUUAAUGGUUUGAUAUCUUUGAACUUGUCAAGAAACAAUUUAAGUGGACAAAUUCCUGUGAAUAUUGGUCAGUUGAUGUCUUUAGAUGCUCUUGAUUUGUCAAGAAAUCACUUUUUUGGGAAAAUUCCUUCAUCUCUUUCGAAAGUGGAUCGUCUCAAUACAUUAGACUUGUCAUACAACAACUUGUCUGGAAAAAUUCCAACAGGCCCUCAACUCCAAACUCGAGACGAAGCUGCAUACAUGGGAAAUCUUGAUCUUUGUGGAUCACCUCUUCAUAAAAAAUGUCCGGAUGAAGAAGAACAUAAUGCUACUCAGCUUAGUGAUGAGCACAUAGAAAAUGAAGAUGAGUUUAUAAGCAAAGGAUUUUUUAUCAGUGUAGCACUUGGAUUUUUGGUUGGAUUUUGGGGAAUUUGUUUCACUCUAAUCUUCAACAAGUCUUUGAGAUAUGCAUCUUUCAAGUUAUUGGAUGAUAUAGAAGAUUGGAUAAAGCUAAGAUAAUGCAAGUGAUCAUAGAUAAAAGGGGACUCACCUUUUUCAUUUAUGGAGAGUGUAGCACUUGUGGACUUUUCUUCAUAUUAUUGUUGAGAUUUUUCUUAGAUAUAUUUGAAGUGUAAGAAAAUGGUUAAAGGGUAGUUUAUUGGUAGUUUUGUUUUGGUCUUUUAGCUUUUGUUAUAGUAUAUGUUGUACAAACUCAUUUUGAGUAUUGUAUACUAUGGAUCAUGUGAUUUGCUCAAAAUAUUUUAAUAUAUUAUUUUUCUUCA